AAACAUGACUGUUAAAUACAUGUAUAUAUUUUUAGAAUGCGCACGAGUCAUUUUUUGUCGUGGUAUUGAAUCGUCACAUUCGUCACAAGGUCCUUAAGGUCACAAUAAUCAAUAACUCUUGACAUAAUCAACCUGUGAUUUAGGAUUUAGUAUGUAGUGAAUUGUUUUGAGGUAAUCAUCAUGAAUGUAGUUGAUGGAAAAUUAGUUGUUCUUGGUUCUCAAGGUGUCGGCAAAACUAGUAUGAUUAGCCGAUACUCAGGCAAGUUAUUUAAUCCAUAUGCUAGUCCAACAAUUGGCGCAUCAUUUUUUAAUUGUAAUCUAAAUGUAGAUAACACAAGAGUCAAAAUCCAGAUUUGGGAUACAGCUGGACAAGAACGAUUUAAGUCAAUGGCGCCAAUGUACUAUAGAAAUGCAAAUGCUGCUCUCUUAGUCUUCGAUAUUACACAGUACAAUACAUUUACAGCUGUUAAGUCAUGGGUAACUGAAUUACAAAGAAAUGUUGAAGGACCAAUGGUAUUAGUUGUUGUAGGAAAUAAAAAUGAUCUUUUAGAUCAACGUAAAGUUGACUCAGAAGAGGCUCGAAAAUAUGCAACAUUAAUUGGUGCGAGUUAUUAUGAAACUUCUGUACUUCAUGACGAAGGAAUCCUAAGAGUUUUUCAAUCCAUUGCCCUCGGUCUUGUAAGAUUAAAUAAUGGUGAACAUCAUACAUCGAAUCUAAGAAUUCAAGAUUCACCAAGCUCUGGAAUAGGUAGCUUUGAUUCCGAUUUUCCUCUUACGCCAUCAAGUGAAGAGUCACUUGCCACUUCUAUUGCUCAUGGAAUACAUGAAAAACCACCAGCGUGCUGUUAAAAAUCGUAUUAAAAAAACAAACAAAACAAAGUUAGAUUUAAUUGUUAAACAAAAACUCUAUUGUGUUAUAUCGUAUUUAAAAUAGAUAUCAGGUGUUAUAACUGCUGACAAUUAUUAUAUAAACUAUGCUGAUAGUGAGCACAAAUCAA